GAUGAGGGUCUGCAGACCCAGGAUCCCCUGGAUAUUGGUGAUGAUGCGGAUGGUACUGACUCCGAUGACGAAGUCAUCUCGCUUUCCGAUGAUGAGGUGCAGGAUGGCGAGCUGGAUGAGCUCGACAAAUUGCUUGGAAUCAAUGAAGAUGAUGACCAAGAUGAGCAUGCGUUUCCAGGAGAUGACGCCACCCUCUUCUAUGAUGCUGAGACCAUGCGCGCAGCAGAGCCUGAAAAUUUGCCCCCCACUACUCGAGAUCUAGACUUCGGCGAGAAGACCCCUAGCAAGAAGGACAAGCAGCAGAUUGUCGAG